AUGUGUCCUACGCUCCCAAACCCGCAUCCUCCGUAUCCCCCGCAUUCCCCUCGUGCCCGCAUUCCCAGCUCCUUCCCCCUCCCCCUCCUCUUUCCCCAUUACCCCUGCAUGUUCCCCGCAUCCCCCCCCUCCUUCCCCGCGUUUCCUGCGUUGCCCGCGCCCCCCUUCCCCCGGCUUGCAGGUGAACGUGGGGCUGAUCAAGGUGUUCAACGGGUGAACGUGGGGCUGAUCAAGGUGUUCAACGGGUUCGGCCCCAAGGCCCCGGACCUGGCGUACUGGGGGUACACGGGGUGCCUCAACAACCGCUCCUGGAUCAAAUACGCCGAGGAAACUCAGUACGCCAAACCCUGGAUGACCAACGCCUGGCUCGCCUUUGUCGACGGCCAGGACAGGCCAAUGAUAGAGAAGUCGCUGGGGUGCGAGUUUCAGGGCAUCAACAGUCUGGAGGCGAAAGUGAGCGCGCGCAAGGACUGCUACGUGGUGAACCUCUUCCAGUUCAGCCCCUUCUUCAACUGGCCGCAGUGCACCGACUAUUCCGAUCGCUUCGGCGAGGGCUGCAGCAAACUCAACACCAAGUGGAAGAGCCGCGGCAGCCCCCCGUACCGCUUCCGAAACGGCCACAUCGGAUUCAGUUUUGGCAUUCCAGUGUUGCGCCACCCAAUCAACGACGACGCCACGUCAGCAGAGGUGCUGGCAGCGCUGGCAGGAUUCUUGGCGCCCGGCAUCGAUGUGGAGGCGCUCAUCAAACACACUCUCUUCUCUGUACUCGAUACAGGCAACGCGUCCGCCAUCUCAUUCACAAUGUACGACGUCACGAACGCGUCCAACCCGCUGGUCGUGUUUGGCGACACGCAGCCCGCCACGGGCAGCAACCCCAUCUACCCCAUGGUGCUGCCCGCACCCAUCCCCCCGGGCGACAAGGUCGUGCAGCCCUUCCCAGACGACUUCAUCGGCCGCCGCUAA